GUUUAAUUUAGUGGGAUACGACAGCCUAUAUUACAAGGUGUAAGUCUCCAAUCAUUUCUCCAGACCAUUCGCCGUGAGCUGUUCGACAAGAACUAGAAGGUUGUCAAGAGUGCUGCAAGGAUCAUGGCUGGUGUAACAGCUCUCUUGGUUCUUCUCAUAGCUGCUGUUCCGGCCUAUGCCUCCGAGUAUACGGUGGGGGACUCGCAGGGUUGGACGAGUGGUGUAGAUUACAGUACCUGGGUUUCAGACAAGACCUUCAAGGUCGGCGACACCCUUUUGUUCCAGUAUGGCUUCCUCCACAGCGUGGACGAGGUGAGUGAAUCCGACUAUAAGGCCUGCUCAACCAGCAACUCCAUGCAAAGCUUCAGCGACCAGAACACCAAGAUCGCUCUCUCCAAGCCCGGGACCCGUUACUUCAUCUGUGGCACCUCUGGCCACUGCUCCGGUGGAAUGAAGCUAGCCGUCGCCGUCUCAGGCUCCAGCACCAGCCCCAGCACCCCAUCGUCACCCGAGGGAUCGACUCCAUCUCCAUUGACACCGUCCACUCCUUCUAAUGGCGAUCAGCCUUCCUCCAAGACCCCAGCAACCACUACGACCACCAAGAUCAAUGGAGCAACGGGCAGCGGCUUCUACUGCGGGAGUGCUCUCUUGCUUGGAAUGUUGCUAGUCCUGGGCCAUGCACUUAUGGGCUAGGGGAGAGGCAGUGCUUGAGUCAGAGAUUUACUGGGUUUUUCCCUCUUAUCGGCUGUUGGGUUUUUCCCUCUCUGUUUCUUUUCUAUAGCGGAUGGUCCACUUUGUUGGGGCUACUUUGGUUUCUUUUGUGAAUUUUGCUAUGGUGGAUGUGUAAGAUAAUAAGAUUUAUGGUUUAUUGUUAUUAUAUUCGGCAUUUGGAAA